UGGUUUGAUCUUGCAAUCCGUCUGUUGUCGGCAAGAUCCGCAGAAGUCAUCGUCAGUCUCGACUCGACACUGAUAAACUCCUCUGAGUCGAGCCUAAACCAUAUUUAUGCCCGCGAACAUAAACUCUAUUUUCAUAUUGCAAGCUCUCGAGACGCGUGCUUACAGUAUGGAUAAAUCAAAAAUUAUUUCUCAGUCAGUCACGAUUGUGGUAAAGUACGAUCUAUUCAAAGAAACCUGACCAGUAUUUCCCGGAAUGGAGAUCAAAUGCUCAUACUUUGCGUUCAUGCAUUACACGUCGUUUCCAGUUUCUCUCCGACGAGGUGUUUUUCGCUGCAUCAUCAAUGAUGUCAUAUAUAUCUUAGCAUGCGAAUUAAAGGUGGCAGUAACUUCAUCAACAAAGAUAGCCAUGGAAUUCCUUGCCAUCUUUUUCGCUUUUACUUUGCUUAACACGUAUUCUUGUGCAUCUCCUGGAUUAGUUCUGGAAAACUACAGCCAGCUCGCACAAAAGUUCGGCUUGCCACCUCUCCCUCCACUCCCUAUAAAGUUCAACUUCUCGGACAUCUCCAAAGAAUGCCAUGAUACUGUUGUCAAGCUUUCACAAUCAGCGAGCGCAUAUUCCUACGUAGAUGCAAUCGGCAAACCUCAAAGUGGACUUUUCCUGGGAAACACUGGUUGGUUAGGAUCCUACAGUGAGUGUACUGAAACCAUUCCUGAUGCUCAUUAUUGUUUGGCCUACCUAUCAUUUACACAGCCCCCUUUAAAUAUCACCAAGGUUGGUACUUACUGCUAA